UUACCGACAACGCAAAAUUCAAUUUAAAACUUUUUUAACGGACUUACCACGUUCAACGGUCAAAAUGUCUGUAUCACGUCCACGUAUUGUGUUAAAUUUCGGUUGAUAUUUUGAAGUGUGUGUACUAUGUGCAUUUGUUUUCGAUAUUAAAUAAGUUUUCAAAUUAUAUCCAUGUUGUCAGUGUGGUAUAUACUUCGUUUUAAUCAGUUUUAAUGUUGUAUACUUAAUACAACCAAUGUGCUUUUAUGUAAUGUAAUGUUGAAGAUACCUUUAAUCGAUGCUAUAAAUAUAAAAAUGGUUAAAAGCAAGCGAGACUUACUGAAAUCACCCAGAAGAAGAUCUUUCACCCUUCUACGCUCAGGGGUACGAAAUAAAAUCAAUGUGAAUAGUGGAGCUGACAUUUGUGUUGUGGUUCGUGUUAGACCACCAAAUGCUAAUGAACAAGGGGACAAUUUCAGAAAAAUAAUAAAAGUGGUUAGUGAUGAGAUGUUGAUAUUCGACCCUAAGGAAGAAAAUGACCCAUUCUUUUAUCACGGUGUUCAACAGAAAGGUCGAGAUUUAUUAAAAAAGGCCAAUAAGAAUUUGCAAUUUCAUUUUGACCGAGUAUUUGGAUUUGAAGCAACCAAUGCAGAGGUCUUUGAAAAAAGUACAAAGUCUUUAAUAGAUAAACUGAUGGAUGGCUACAACUGUUCAGUUUUUGCAUAUGGCGCUACAGGUGCCGGUAAAACAUUCACCAUGAUAGGGAAACCAGACAAUCCAGGCAUCACAGUUUUAACAAUGUCAGAGCUAUUUAAGCGCAAGGAGGAAUUGUCCAAUGAAAGAGACUUUGAAUUGGGCAUAACAUAUUUGGAAGUUUAUAAUGAAACUGUACAGGACCUAUUGAAUCCAGGCAGUCCAUUAAACUUGCGUGAAGAUGGCAAAUUUGGUGUUAUAGUUGCUGGUGUACAAGUUAAAAGAAUAGAGAGUUGUGAAGAACUUUUUGAAUUGCUUCAAACUGGGAAUCAAAACAGAACACAGCACCCAACAGAUGCAAAUGCAGAAAGUUCUAGAUCUCAUGCUGUCUUUCAGGUAUAUAUAAAAAUGAGUGUAAAAACGACUCAGCAGAUACUUGCAGCAAAGCUGAGUAUGAUUGACUUGGCUGGAAGUGAAAGGGGUGCGGCCACUGGCUAUAGUGGAGCACGUUUUACUGAAGGAGCCAAUAUAAAUAAGUCCUUAUUAGCUCUGGGCAACUGCAUUAACAGCUUAGCAGAUGGACAAAGACAUAUUCCAUACAGAGACUCAAAAUUAACUAGACUGUUAAAAGACAGUUUAGGAGGCAACUGUAAGACUGUUAUGAUAGCAAACGUCUCGCCAGUAUCAUUGAAUAUCGAAGACACCUAUAAUACUUUAAAAUAUGCCACUCGCGCCAAGAAGAUAAAGGCUAAAUUAAAGAAAAAUGUCGUUUCAUGCAGUACAAACAUACAGUUUUAUAUCAAACAAAACGAAGCACUGCAACAGGAAAAUGAAAAACUGAAAUUGGAAAUAGAACAGUUAAAAUCCCAAGUGGCUUCUACAUCAUCAUGUACCUGCAACAAAAUGGUCAAUAUUGAAGUAGCAUCACCUCUGAAACAAGAUGAACAGCAAUGUGAAGAAAAAGGAGAUUCUACAAAUUUGAAAAUCAAAGAACAGCUAAAGGCCCUAUUCACGCGACGAUUAAUACUCGAAGAACAAAUAGUCAGCAAUUCUAUGAGUUUGUUCACUGUUAGGAAGGAACUAAAAGAGUUUGCAGAUACCAGACUCAGCGGACUAUGCACUGAACAGUCUGAUAAAGCAGAUGGACAUAAACGAUUGGGAACCGCGAUGGAAAAUUUACAAAGACAAACGGAACGGUUGGAGAAGGACGUGGAGGGACUUACGAAGCAAGUAAAAGAAGUUGAUACCGAAAUCGAAUCGCUAAAUAUCACGGAAGAUUCAGGGGAGAUUUACGAUUACUGUCAAGCCCUUCGAAGUGAAGUAGAAAAGGCCAAACUUAAAUCAGAGGCGGACUUAUACAAGAGAAAAUCAGAAAUUUUAAGCGGCGAACUGCGAAUGCAUGGGGAACUUAUACAACGAAUGAGCGCCGUUUUGAAGCCGUGUUUCCUACAACUGCGUGGGUACGGGUACGCCACCAACGAUAUGAUUAAAAGUUACCACGACCUAGUACGGCACUGUCAGGGAUUCCGCACAGUGUGCUGGAAAGACGAGGAAGCUUCAUCUGCAGACUCUGGUGUUGGCUCAACUACUACAGUAAUCCAGUCGGACGUGGGAGAAAAUAAGAAAAAGACUCCUAAUAACAAGAGAAAAUAUGCAGGCGAUAAAGAUGACGAAAACGGUUUAAACGAGACGUUUGUUGUGCCCCUGUCACCUGCCAAGCAGGAAAAAGUAUUGACUAGAGUUACCAAGACAGCUCCGACAAAAAAAUUAGCCAAAGUGCAGCCUCCAAAAUUAAUUAGGCUAACAAAAGAGAACAAAGAUCCUACAUUUAAGUCAAGUAAAACUCCACAAGGAAAAUCAUCCUCACAUUUACUGAUGAACAAGACUAAAAGCCCCAUAACGACUGCUCCUAAGCCACUCUUGAAAAAUCGAAGAUGAUACUUUAAUGGUAUUUAAAUUUAACACUAUUUGUAUGCUUUUAUGUAUGUAUAUUGUAAUAAGCCUCAGAUGUAUAUGUUAUUAUUUUAUUAAUAUAGACGUUUUAUUUUGCUUUAAAUUGAACGUCGUCUUAUUUUUUUUAGCUUCUGUUCUUAGUAAAAUAGUAAUUAUGAAGAGGGAAAACUUACCAUAAAAAGAAUAAUACACUUCACUUCAUAACGUCUUCUCUUCACAACACUAGAACCAAAAAUUGAUAAAUAGAAUCUAAACG